AUGAAUUCGCAUAUCUCUGAAAACGUCGUCGGGGAUGUAUCACCGCCUCGCGACGCGUAUCAUUCAGACUUCGAUGAAGAAAAAGACGCGACUACUUCGCCUCCUGAAGUGGUCACUGAUUCUAUCGACCAAUUGGAGGACUCAGGGGCUAGUAACAACAUGGAUUCGAGUGAUGAAGGUCCAAUUGGAGUGACUGAAAUUGACCAGGCAACCAUUACAGAAUCCGAAAGAAAAAAAAAUUCGGAAUUUUUUUGUGGUAGGGGGUCUAAAACGCCGGAGCGAUACAUGAAAAUUAGGAAUUUCAUUUUGAAUGCAUGGAAUAGUAAUAAGCCAAAAUAUGUAUCCAAGACAAGUGUCAGAUCGGGACUCAAGGAUUGUGGAGAUGUGAAUGCUAUCGGUCGUGUUCAUUCGUAUCUAGAAUUAGUAGGCGCCAUCAAUGUUGGUGACGAUUUAGUAAAGAGAAAGCAGCGAACUUUCAAACCAAAGGUACUUUACGAUGCGAGUAAAAGUUCUACCAGUCGUAAUGAUGAAAGAGCAAGCCCCGAAUACGAUGAUGAUGGAGAUGAGGAGGCACUAGCAUAUGACAUGGUUGGUUCCUAUGAUCCUUUCAGAUUGGUACCACCACUUAAUUAUACGUCAAGAAAUCCUGCGCAAUUCCGUGUAUCGGUUACAGCAAAUGUCAUGCUUGUAAUGGAUUUUCAUGCUCAUUUGGCUCAUACGGAAAUCAUCGGUUUACUCGGUGGCCAUUUUCAUCCAGAUAGUGAAAGUAUGGAAGUGACAUACGUAUUUCCAUGCAGAAGUGCUAGCACUGGAUUUCAGUGUGAAAUGGAUCCAGCAUCUGAGGUUGCCGCAAGAGAAGUUUUUGCUGAAAAAGGCCUCCAAUUUGUUGGAUGGUAUCAUUCACAUCCGACAUUUGAACCUCAACCUUCAAUUCGGGAUAUUGAAAACCAAACUCAGUACCAGGAAAUGUGGCGACGUGAAGACGGUGUGGAACCUUUUAUUGGCGUUAUUGUGACGCCGUACGAUGCUGGACACGAAUCUAAUGUAUCCAGAUUUCAGUUCUGGGUGAGUGGAACAAACUAUGACCUAUCAGGACAAUUUAGAACACCUUAUUCGUGUCAGCAUUCGGUAUCACCAAGUGCUAGUUUACCUGAGGAAAUGUUUACACAAUUAUCUGAGCUGAUCGAGGAAUACCAAAAUUAUGAUCAGCGAGUUGACAUGACCGAAUCCUUCAGAAAUGAUGAUGAUGUUUCGCGUCUUGAUAAAAUGUUAGAAUCUUUAUCAUCACAUAUGUCUGUUGCAUCUUCCGCAGCCGAGAGUUUCAUUUCUCGGGUAAGGGAACUUAUGAAUGCAAACUUCCGUCCAGCCAAGAAGAGUAAUGCGGAAUGUCAUG